AUACAUACAGACCACACUCUCCCUCCUCUUCUUCUUCUCCUUCUUCUACCCCAAAUCCAAAAUGCCCCAAAUUCGGCUCCGGCGCUUCUCCGCCUGCCUCCUGGCGGCGCUGCUUCUUUGGGUGAAAAUCUGCAAUUCCUUGAGAUCUGGCGAGGAGGCUGCAAUGGCGGCGCCGAGAGGGUUUUGCUCCGGCGAUUGCGAGGAAAUUAUGGAUUCGGAAAGCAGUCGGAGGGUUUUGGUGAUGCAGAGAAGGUACAUAAGCUACGCGACGCUAUUGAGGGAUUUGGUGCCCUGUAAUAGGCCUGGGGCUUCGUAUUACAAUUGCAAGGCAGGUCCUGCUGUGGCCAAUUCUUACAACAGAGGUUGUGAGAUUAUCACGAGGUGUGCCAGAGGCUACUGAAUAUGAUCAAUGGGGAUGGAAGGAAGAUCAGGUCUGAAUUUAAUUUUAAAUUUUAUUAUAUUCCUCGAUCGAUUGGUUGGUUGGUUGGUUGUGAAUUCUUCUUUUGAUUAACUGUUAUGUCAGUAUGUGUUUUUUGUUGUUGGAUCCCUAGCUAGCUGCUUUCUGUAAUGUGUAUAAUGUUCUUGCAAAUUAUAUUGCAAAUUAAGUGUUGAAUUAAUUUGACAUAUAUGAAUAGAAAGAGCAUUUUGGAUGGUAA